CUUUACCCUUCGUUUCCCAUUAUACCCACUACUAAACCGUUCCAUUGUUCCAAGCUCCUUUUCCAGCUAAGAGAGAGAAACAAUAACAAACUAGAGAGAGAAACAAGAGCGACAGCCAGCGAAGGAGCGAGCGAGAGAGAGAACUCCACCUCCUCGCUCCUUCUCCUCCUCCGAUCCGUCGUGAUUCUUUUCAUCUGGUGAUAUUGCAUUCUAUUGAAAUGGCGGAUCCAUAUGUCCUAGGCUGGAUCCUUGUCUCUGUUCUCAGCGUCUUCGCGCUCUACAGCUUAGUUUUCGCCGGAGGAAACCGCCGCCGUCGUGCUUCGCAGGAGAACGAUGCUCAGCGUACGGGGAACGUGAAAACUUCCGUCGGAGAAUGUGGAUCCAAGAACCUCGAUGGCAACGAUGCUGACGUCAUCGUCGUCGGAGCUGGCGUUGCUGGCGCGGCUCUUGCUUACACACUCGGCAAGGAUGGACGGCGAGUACUUGUAGUUGAAAGAGAUUUGAGUGAGCCUGACAGAAUUGUUGGAGAGUUGCUACAACCUGGCGGCUAUCUCAAAUUGAUUGAGCUGGGACUUGAAGAUUGUGUGGAGGAAAUCGAUGCUCAGAGAGUGUUUGGUUAUGCACUUUUCAAGGACGGAAAAAAUACAUGCCUCUCUUAUCCCUUGGAAAAGUUUCAGUCAGAUAUCGCUGGUAGAAGCUUUCACAAUGGCCGUUUUAUUCAGAGGAUGCGGGAAAAGGCUGCCACACUGCCCAAUGUCCGGUUGCUGCAAGGGUCAGUCACUUCCUUGAUUGAAGAAAAGGGGACAAUUAAAGGUGUUCAGUACAAGACCAAAGAUGGUCAGGAGCUGAAAGUACAUGCACCUCUUACCGUUGUUUGUGAUGGCGGCUUCUCAAACUUGCGCCGUUGUCUUUGUAAUCCUAAGGUUGAUAUUCCCUCUCACUUCGUUGGCUUAAUUCUAGAGAAUUGCCAACUUCCAUAUGAAAAUCAUGGUCACGUCAUACUCGGAGACCCUUCCCCAAUUCUGUUCUAUCGCAUAAGUAGUACAGAGGUUCGUUGUUUGGUUGAUGUACCUGGGCAGAAGGUUCCUUCUAUCGCAAAUGGUGAAAUGGAGAAGUAUUUGAAGACAAUGGUGGCUCCACAGAUCCCCGCUGAGCUCCAUGAUGCCUUUUUAGCUGCAGUUGAGAAAGGCAACAUAAGGUCAAUAUCGAAUAGAAGCAUGCCAGCAGAUCCCCUUCCUACCCCUGGAGCCAUUUUGAUGGGAGAUGCCUUCAACAUGAGGCAUCCUCUAACAGGGGGUGGAAUGACCGUGGCAUUGUCAGACAUUGUGGUGCUGAGAAAUCUUCUCAGGCCCCUGAGUGACCUGAAUGACGCACCCACACUCUGCAAAUACCUUGAAUCCUUUUACACCUUGAGAAAGCCUGUGGCAUCAACCAUAAAUACAUUAGCAGGUGCCUUGUACAAGGUCUUCUCUGCAUCUCCAGAUCAAGCAAGGAAGGAAAUGCGCCAAGCUUGCUUUGAUUAUCUGAGCCUUGGAGGCCUAUGUUCCCAGGGACCAAUCUCAUUACUCUCAGGACUAAACCCUCGUCCUUUGAGCUUGGUGGCUCAUUUCUUUGCUGUUGCAGUGUAUGGUGUUGGCCGCUUAAUAUUUCCCUUUCCCUCGCCCAAGAAGAUAUGGAUUGGAGCUCGGUUAAUCUCUAGUGCAUCUGGAAUCAUCUUUCCUAUAAUUAAGGCAGAAGGAGUUCGCCAAAUGUUCUUCCCUGCAACUGUUCCAGCUUAUUACAGAGCUCCUCCUGCUGCAAGAUAGCGAGUAUCGGUAAAAAAAUUUUGGGGAAAAAAGAAUCAAGAUGCUUUCAAGAUUUAAGAGCUAGGUUUUCUCAGUUCAGGUAAUUUGAGGGAAGGUCGAUGCUCCAAGAUUUAGAUCUGUUAACAUUUUGGGUUUUUUUUCAUUUUUUUGUUUGUUUAAUGUAAGCUUGUACUGUUUGUAGUAUGCAUUAUGUAAGUAUUACGAUAUGAGUUAAUGUAGCAUCUUUUUACUACAUUA